UCUUCCUCAGUGGAGGACUGAACAGUGCCCCAGCUGGCUGGCUAGCUGCAGAGAGAAGAUGGCUGCAGAGGGGAUUUUCAGGCCAGUGUCUGAAAACAGAGCGCCGUUUGUCAUGUUGAACGACGACUAGCCCCAGCGUGUCACCCCGGUUGUUGUGUCGGUCGGUUCCGCCUGGAUUCGUCGGAGGGGAUAAAACAACAUGGGGUCGCAGACUUUGCAGAUCCUGAGGCAGGGGGUCUGGGCUUCAAUCACAGGCGGAUGGUACUACGACCCCGAUCAGAAUACGUUCGUCAACGCUUUACAUCUAUACAUCUGGCUCUUUCUGCUAUGUUUCCCCUUCACGCUGUACAUGGCCCUACCGCCAACCAUGGUGAUAGUGGGAAUCUACUGUGGUGUGAUUGCUGCCAUGUUCCUGCUGCUGAAGACGGUGAAUUACCGCCUCCACUAUGCCUUGGAUGAGGGGGAGGUGGUGGAGCAUCAGGCUAAGGAGAAUCAGGGGAGCAGAGGUGGCACAGAGGGGGCUAUUGAUGGAGGCGUGACCCGAAGGGAGGACAGCAAUGGCCCAGGGGACCCUGGAGGGGGUAUUGAGAUGGCAGACUUCAUCCGACAAGAGACUCCACCAGUGGACUGCAGUUCCAGGAACUCCUAUAUUGGGAUGGAGUCUAACCAGCAGAUAGCAUCUUCACAUCGAAGAGCAACAGUUGCCAAAGGAGAUUGUGGAAGGACCUCAGAUGACAUUAGUUUGACUCUUGUUGAGAGCUGUAGUCAUGAUCAUGAUCUGCUCUCAGACACAAAGAUGUACUGCCUCGUUCCCAAUGAUUCCUUCGCCUCCUUGCAGCCGUCAACCUCCUUGUGUCCUUCAGAGCUGUCCAGGGAGCCUGCUGAUCUCUGUAACUCUGCUGCUUAUCACUUCAGCCUGUCACACUCCUCCUGUGACACGGAGGUAACCUCUCAUUCAUCCAUGCAAUCUCAGACCUUCAGGAAGGAGCUCCGUUCUCGAGGUCUGCCACGGACCUCUAGCUCGGCAGGUUCCGCUUUCCCUGACCCGAGUCUGCCAGACUUUGCUCUGUAUCCUCCACCCAGAAGAGGUGGCCUUGACCCUGUGCGUGAGCUGGAGACUGCCAGACCACACAGGCCAGGGCUGUGUGACAGAGAUGGGGCAGACCCCCUGCACCAGCAGGACCAAGCUGUGCCCUCAACUUCUGGAGUAGAGUGCUACAGACACAAAGAGCAACGCAGGGUUGCUCGCUCAGCCUCUAAGGAAGCAGGGGAGAGUAGCUCAGGACUUUACCAGGUGGAAGGAAGUGGUGGUGGAAAAGCCUCUGGUGGAGGAGCAAAGUCCCAAGGAGGGGAGCGAAGUGCCGAUAGCCUGAGGAGUCUGAGUACUCGCAGUAGUGGUUCCACUGAGAGUUACUGCAGUGGCACAGACAGAGACACCAACAGCACUGUCAGCAGCUUCCACAGUGAACAGACCAGCUCUACACAUGUGGAGAGCCUGCUGUCACUUUCAGGGGAUGAACGUGCACGGGAAACGGGAGAGACAGUAUCUGCUCCUGCAGACGACAGGACUUCUAGUAUUAGACCUCGAAGUCUCGGUAAUCUUCCCUCCAGGGAAGCCAAUAAAAACCCACAUGCCAAUGAGCUGACUGCUAAACAAACUGCGGACACUCAGUCACCUGCAACCCAAGAACUGGUGGAACCUGUCAAGUGUGCCGAAGAGCCUGGCAUCAGGACCAGUGCUGAUGGCUCAACAGGUGUAGCUGUCACAGAGCAGGAGCAGGUGAAAGACAACGUUCAACCAAACUCAGCUAACAUUGUUCAGAGGACUUCUUCUCUAUCAGCGGGUCGCAGUGGACGCCGGCGGACUGGAAAGAAAAGAGCAAGCAGCUUUGAUGCCAGCCAUCACCGGGAUUACAUCUCUACGCGUGCUAUGGCCAAGCCCUGUAGUGCUGUAUUCACUGGUGGUGGAGAGGAUGACUCCAGUGAUCAGAGUGAACUCAGCUGUGCCUCCAGUCUCCGCUCCACCAAGCACCUAAGCACAGACAGCUCAUCUAGCACCACCUCCCGCUCCUGCCACUCACCAGAGAGCCACUACAGGGCCCUGAAAGCCAAGCACAUUUCAGCCAACGCCUCCUCCUCUUCUUCCACCACAGUAAAACCUGAGACAGGAGUUCGAAACGGAGGGAAGCGGCGUACCUCCCGCCGUACUCCAAGCACAGGCAGUGCCAAAACACAUGCCAGAGUGUUGAGCUUAGACAGCGGUACGGCUGCAUGCCUUAAUGAUCCCACCCACCUAGGAGCUCCAGCAGGACCUCGACCUCUUACCACCUCCAAGUCAGAUUUGGAAGCCAAAGAAGGGGAAGUCCUGGAUGCGGCAUCCCUGCUGGGUCGGGCCUCCCAGCUGGAAUCAGUGACUCGCUCCAGAAACAGUCUGCCCAACCAGGCAGCUUUCGCUGAGCCUCAGGAUGCUAAUGCUGCUUCCCUACGGGCCCCAGGAAGUGAGGAGACGGUCAUAUUUCGCCGCGAACGUAGCACAUUUCGUCGGCAGGCUGUGCGGCGGCGACACAACGCAGGGAGUAACCCCACCCCACCCACCUCCAUCAUUGGAUCUCCUCUCAGUCUUCAGGAGGCUCUCAACCAGGCCUCCCAGCCUUCUACUUCCCAGGUGAAAAGUCAGCCAUCCAGAACCUCGUCCCAGGUUACAGUGCUGAGCGCUAGCGCGUCCCUGCUGGCCAGGAAUGGAAGCGCACACCUGGAGGGUUCUCAGGACAAGGCCUCAACUGUUGGUGCCACCAGCUUGCAGGAGGACUUCGGAAAGCUCACUCCCUCUUUAUAUGAGGCUGGCGGAUGUGAUAUGUCGCUGGUCAAUUUUGAACCUGCAACCAGACGAGCCUCCAAUAACAUAUGGGAUACGGACUCCCACCUCUCUAGUUCUACCUCAGUUCGCUUUUACCCUCAUGACCUGGUGUGUACCCAACCAGUGAGCUCCUUUUGGCAUAUCUCCCUCCCUCAGAUCCGUUUGAACCGUCUGCUGACUAUGGACCCAGAGCUGCUGGAACAGCAGGACGGAGAUCUGAGUCCGGAGCUUCAGGAUGCACCACUGGGACAAGAGGAUCCUGCGGGCUCUGCUGCAGCUGGGAAAGCGAAGCAGUACUACCGUCUGUGGCUUCUCCCCUACCUGUGGGUCGGCCUGCACUUUGACCGACUUACCCUGCUGGCGCUGUUCGACAGGAACCGUGAGGUUUUAGAGAAUGUGUUGGCAGUGGUGCUGGCUGUCCUUGUGGCCUUUCUGGGUUCCGUGCUGCUGGUUCACGGCUUCUUCACUGAUAUCUGGGUCUUUCAGUUCUGCCUCGUCAUUGCAAGCUGCCAGUAUUCCUUACUAAAGAGUGUUCAACCAGACUCCUCUUCCCCUCGUCAUGGCCAUAAUCGUAUCAUAGCAUACAGCCGGCCUGUCUAUUUCUGCCUGUGCUGUGGCCUCAUUUGGCUUCUCCACUACAGCAGCCUGCGGACCACUUCCUCUCGCUUCACCCUGUAUGGAGUCGCACUCACCAGCUCCCUGGUGCUCACCUCUGCCAGGGACCUCGUCAUAGUCUUUACUCUGUGUUUUCCCAUCAUCUUCUUUGUGGGGCUGCUGCCACAAGUCAACACGUUCGUCAUGUAUCUCUUCGAGCAGCUGGACAUCCAUGUGUUCGGGGGCAAUGCCUCUACAAGCCUUCUGUCAGCACUGUACAGCAUCCUGCGCAGCAUCGUCACUGUCGCUCUGCUUUACGGCUUCUGCUACGGAGCUCUGAAGGAGACCUGGGAGCCUCAUCACAUCCCUGUGCUAUUUUCUGUAUUCUGUGGCCUCUUGGUGGCAGUGUCUUACCACCUGAGCCGGCAGAGCAGUGACCCCUCUGUCCUCCUCUCACUGGUACAGUCCAAGAUUUUACCCAAUUUAAGAGACAAAAAUCCAGAAGACCCCCUGUCAGAGGUCCAGGACCCUCUGCCAGAGAAACUUAGGUCUUCAGUGAAUGAGCGUUUGCAGUCCGACCUGAUCGUCUGUGUGGUCAUUGCUGUCCUUUACUUCGCCAUCCACGUUAGCACAGUAUUCAUAGCGCUGCAGCCUUUCCUCAGUUAUGUCCUGUAUGCUCUGCUGGGGACGGUGGGGUUGCUCACCCACUACCUGCUGCCUCAAGUUCGCAAGCAGCUACCCUGGUACUGCUUCUCUCACCCUCUUUUAAAAAACAAGGAGUACUACCAGUUUGAAGUCAGGGAUGCAGCACAUGUAAUGUGGUUUGAAAAGCUGCACGUGUGGCUGCUGUUUGUGGAAAAGAACGUUCUCUAUCCACUCGUUAUUCUCAACGAGCUCAGCGGCAGCGCCAGAGAGCUGGCCAGCCCGAAAAGACUCGACACCGAAAUCGGCGCACUGAUGAUCACAGUGGCAGGCCUGAAACUGCUUCGCUCCUGCUACAGCAGUCCUACCUACCAGUAUGUGACGAUCCUCUUCACUGUCCUCUUCUUCACCUUUGACUACCGUCAACUGUCGGAGACGCUGUUGCUUGACCUCUUCCUGAUGUCUAUCAUUUUCAGCAAGAUGUGGGAGCUGUUCUAUAAGCUGCACUUUGUUUACACCUACAUCGCCCCCUGGCAGAUCACGUGGGGUUCAGCCUUCCACGCCUUUGCUCAGCCCUUUGCCGUGCCUCACUCUGCCAUGCUGUUUGUCCAGGCUGUAGUGUCAGCAAUCUUCUCCACCCCCCUCAAUCCCUUUCUGGGCAGCGCCAUUUUCAUCACUUCUUAUGUCCGUCCUGUCAAGUUCUGGGAGAGAGACUACAACACUAAAAGAGUGGAUCACUCAAACACUCGACUGGCCUCUCAGUUGGACAGAAAUCCAGGCUCUGACGACAACAAUUUGAACUCCAUCUUCUAUGAGCACCUGACCCGCUCCCUGCAGCACAGCCUCUGUGGAGACCUCCUCUUGGGCCGCUGGGGAAACUUCAGCACCGGGGACUGUUUCAUUUUGGCUUCUGACUACCUGAACGCGUUGGUGCACCUCAUAGAAAUUGGUAACGGCCUUGUUACCUUUCAGCUUCGAGGGCUGGAGUUCAGAGGAACUUACUGCCAACAGAGGGAAGUCGAAGCCAUCACUGAAGGGGUGGAGGAAGAUGAGGGCUGCUGCUGCUGCGAGCCAGGCCAUCUCCCUCACAUCCUAUCCUUUAAUGCUGCCUUUGGGCAGCGCUGGCUGGCGUGGGAGGUGCUGGUCACCAAAUAUGUUCUGGAGGGCUACAGCAUCACUGAUAACAGCGCUGCCUCCAUGCUGCAGGUGUUCGAUCUACGCCGCAUCCUCACCACCUACUAUGUCAAGGGUAUCAUCUACUAUGUAGUUGCUUCUCCUAAACUGGAGGAAUGGCUGGCCAAUGAGACCAUGAAAGAUGGCCUGCGGGGAUGUGGAGAGAGGAACUAUGUCGAUCUGGAUCCCACUUUCAAUCCCAACAUUGAUGAGGACUAUGACCACCGGCUUGCGGGCAUCUCCAGGGACAGUUUCUGUGGUGUCUAUCUGGGCUGGAUCCAGUACUGCAACUCCCGAAGGGCCAAGCCACUGGACAGUGAGAAAGACUCACCUCUGGUGCUGCUCUGCUUUGGACUGUGCGUGCUGGGAAGGAGAGCUCUGGGAACUGCAGCCCAUCAUAUGUCCAGCAAUCUGGAGUCUUUCCUUUAUGGACUUCAUGCUCUUUUUAAAGGAGAUUUUCGCAUCUCUUCAGUGCGAGAUGAGUGGAUCUUUGCAGACAUGGAACUGCUCAGGAAAGUUGUGGUGCCUGGUAUCCGAAUCUCUCUCAAACUACACCAGGACCACUUCACGUCCCCCGACGAGUACGAUGAGCCAGCAGUUCUUUUCGAGGCCAUCUCCUCUCACCAGCAGAACCUGGUCAUCGCUCACGAAGGGGACCCUGCCUGGAGGAGUGCCGUUCUGUCAAACGCCCCGUCGCUCCUAGCUCUGCGCCACGUCCUGGACGAAGGAACCAACGAGUAUAAAAUUAUAAUGCUCAAUAGGCGAUACCUCAGCUUCCGGGUUAUCAAGGUAAAUAAAGAAUGUGUCCGAGGACUUUGGGCAGGGCAGCAGCAGGAGUUAGUGUUCCUGAGAAAUAGAAAUCCAGAGCGUGGGAGCAUCCAGAACGCCAAGCAGGCUCUGCGUAACAUGAUCAACUCUUCUUGCGACCAGCCUAUUGGAUAUCCAAUCUACGUAUCCCCGCUGACAACCUCCUACUGCAACUCACACCCGCAGCUCGGACACAUCCUGGGAGGUCCCAUCAGCAUCGGAAACAUCCGCAACUUUAUUGUCAGCACCUGGCACAGAUUACGGAAAGGUUGUGGUGCAGGCUGUAAUAGUGGCGGAAAUAUCGAGGAUUCAGAUGCAGGGGGUUUGUCCUGCGGCAGUGGGAAUGGGACAGGUGGCGACUCUCAGCAGAGCUCAAUAUCUCAGGGGGGCACCUCAGGACCUCCCCCUCCUCACUCAUACCAGCCACAUACUCUGGGCACCAGUCAAAGUUCCCAGUCGGUUCAGUCGGGUUUGGUGCGGCACUCUCCCGCCCGGGCCUCCGUGGCGAGCCAUUCGUCAUCAUACCGCUAUGGCAGCAGCCGCCACUCCUCGCUUCGCACCUCCACCACCGGCCUGGAGCCCUGUCGACGUUCCUCUACCAGCCAGCUGUCUCUACGCACGCUCCCUACAUCUCUGCAGCUCCGGCUGGGCUCCACCUCUGAUCCCGCUGGCCCUUCGGCCUCCCUCUCCAGCCACAGCAUACCUCCCUGCAAACGCCACACACUGGUUGGCCUACUGGGCAAUGAUGGCCUCUGCAACACUGUGACAGACCCCCUCAGCCAGCACCAUCACCAUCAUCAACACCUACAGCAACACAACCCCACUGUCUCCACAGUACGGAGAGAUGACAUCUCCUACAGAGUGCAGGUUGUGGACGUGAGUCUGGUGCUGGAGAACAUUAACUUAUCGAAGCGGAAAGAGCUGCAGUGGCCAGACGAAACCAUGAGACUGAGAGCAGGAAGGACCUGCUGGAGAGACUGGAGCCCUUUAGAGGGCAUGGAAGGGCAUGUGAUUCACCGGUGGGUGCCUUGUAGCCGAGACCCAGCCAAUCGCUCCCAUAUAGACAAAACCAUCCUGCUGGUACAGGUGGAAGAUAAGCUAGUGCCCAUUAUUGAGACUGGGGUCAUUGAGUUGGGUGCAGAGGAGGCUGGAGACAAACAGGAAAUGGGAGCUCUCCCCCCUCCCCCGUUCCUUACUGCUGAGGGGGAAAGGAAGCCAGGGAAAUGUGCAAGCACAGGCAGAGUAUACAUUUAUCCAAUGCUUUCAUCGACACUCACAUCCACAAUAUCUGCCUUGCUUUGCGUCUCAGAAAUGCUGCAUGACAGUAAACAACUCUUAAGUUAGUUCUUGCUACUGGUAAUUAAUUUCUAUGCAUUUCCUUUUCUUUUUUUCUUUUGGAAAUCCUGACAGAGCUGAGUGUAAGGAGCUCGUGGAGCUCUUUCUUCUUUCUUGUUUGUCCUCUAUUUGCCAAAUAAGUUUAUUGAAUAUCUGCUAUGGAUUCAUACAUGUGAAAUCCUUAUGUUUUUUAUUUUUUGUUUUUUGCUGCCAAGACUACAAAGAAAGUUGUGGUGCAGAACUGACAGAAGUCAGAGACUCGAUGUUGUCCUCAACACCCUCUGUUUCAUUGUUGUCAUUCCGUUUGGAUUAGUUUGAAAUUUGCAAGAUUAAUUUACGCCUAAGAAAAAAAGAACUUGCACUAUAUAUUUUUUUUUAAUUUACAGUGAUGGACUACAAUCUUUAGAUAAAUUCACAUUUUAUUUAUUACAGAUUCUGAAUGGCCAUGGUUACAGAUGCCUUGGGAAUGGAAAGAAAAAUGCAAUCAUUAUUCUGUUUUUGGCCAUUUUUAUUUUAAUAUUUUAUGUUUGAUAAACUUGAAAAUAACUUUUUACUGUAUAUGAUUAUAUCUAUAUCUAUAUAUAUUUACACAAAUAUAUAUAUAUAAUGUCAAUGUAUAAAAGAUUUUGUUUUCAAUAUUUAUUACUGUGAAUACGGUAUUUACACUUUGUUACAUCUUUUUUUUUUUUCAUUUUGGGACAAAGAUUAAUGUACAAAGGACCAUUGGUUGAAAAUGAGAUGCCGCAAUUUCAGUGGACUGUUUCUCUAUUUAACUUAAUUCUUUUCUAUAUGGAGAAAUAAAAGUUUGAUUUAUUGCUGUC